UUUCUUUUCCUCUCUCUCCCAAACAGAAACUCCAUGUUUACCUCGGAAAAUCAACGGCGGAUGGAUGAGGUCGCCGCCGCGAGGAGAGAAGCUUCUUCUUGGGACUUCCCUUUCAACGACAUUAACAUUCAUCAGCAGCAUCGUCGCUGCAACACAAGUCAUGAGUUUGGUAUCUUGAAGAGUUCUCUUGGAGAUAACGUGGAAGAGAGUAAUAAUCGUAACCCUAAUUAUAGUAACUGCGAGAGCGGUAAGAAGGAGACGACAGAUAGUGGACAGUCUUGGUCUUCCUCAUCUCCAAAACCAUCGGUCUUGGGGAGAGGUCACUGGAGACCAGCUGAAGAUGCUAAACUUAAAGAGCUUGUCGCCAUUUACGGUCCACAAAAUUGGAACCUCAUAGCUGAAAAACUCCAAGGAAGAUCUGGGAAGAGCUGUAGGCUACGGUGGUUUAAUCAAUUAGACCCGAGGAUAAACAGAAGAGCUUUCACGGAGGAAGAAGAAUUGAGGCUUAUGCAAGCACAUAGGCUUUAUGGUAACAAAUGGGCAAUGAUUGCGAGGCUAUUUCCUGGUAGGACUGAUAACUCUGUCAAGAACCAUUGGCAUGUUAUCAUGGCUCGUAGGUAUAGAGAACACUCCUCUGCUUACCGUAGGAGGAAACUCGUGAUUGAUAAUGCACGUAAUCCUUAUCUUCCUAAUCAUCCUAACCCUAACCCUAAUUACCAGUCUAUUAUCUCCACUCAUCAUUACUUUACUCAGCCUUUCCAAGAGUUUAAUUUGACUCAUGCGUCUAUCACGCCUGAACAUAACCAGCUUGUGUUACCUAUCCACUGUUUCCAAGGUUAUGAGAGCAAUGAGACUCCAAUGGUUGUGAGUAUGUUUAGCAACCAAAUUAUGGGCGGCGAUAAUGCUGGUGCCAUGUCAGAAGGGUUAUAUAAUUUUCCGUACGUUGACUCUACGAGCCACGAGAAAGAAGUGCCAAAUGACCCAAUGAGCUGGAUUGGAAUGGAAGUUGAAGAUGAGGAGGUGAUGGAGAAGGCAAAGCAGCAACCACGUUUUUUCGAUUUUCUUGGCUUGGGGACGGCAUAAAACUUGAACAAAGUGGUGUAAUAAUGAGUUGAUUAUUAAUUUGGUUAGGAAAAAGCAAGAAGUGUUAUUUAUCUUUUUACUAUCUAGAAAGCAAACAAACUAAGAUCCAAGUCUUUGUGUCUGCGUUAACUAUUGAAGUGUAGAAGUUGUUGUGUUUGGUCGUCUAAUGUAUAACAUUUGAUAAAAUCUCGG